GCGGCCCCGCGGGAGGCGGGGGCGGCGCUGCCGUGAUGGCCCUGGAGGAGAAGCGGGAGAAGCGCCCGCCCGUCACCCCCAUGAUGAUCGAGGAGGAGGCCGCCUUGCGGAACGGCAGCCGGGGACUGCCGCCGGGACCCUGGGCCGACGCGGCGGGGCCAAGACCUCGCACCACGGAGCGGCACAUCGCCGUGCACAAGCGCCUGGUGCUGGGCUUCGCUGUCUCCAUCCUAGCGCUGCUGGCGGUGACCAUGAUCGCCGUGCUGCUCAGCGUCCGCUUCGAGGAGUGCGGCGCCGCCGCCGACGGUCCGCCGCGGGCCGGCGGCAACGGGAGCCUCUCGGGGGCAGCCCGGCAGCCGCCUGGUGCGGGGCAACCCCCCGGCCGGCCGGAGGAGGAGGCGCGGGGCGGGGAAGCGGCGGAGGAAGAGGAGGAGGAGGAGGAGGAGGAGGAGUGGCAGCGGCGGCGGGAGCUGCCGCCCUGGGCCCGGCCGCGGCUGCCGCGGCACCUGCGGCCGCUGCACUACAACCUGAUGCUGAGCGCCUUCAUGGAGAACUUCACCUUCAGCGGGGAGGUGAACGUGCAGCUGGAGGUGCGUAACGCCAGCCGCUACAUCGUGCUGCACGCUCACCGCAUGCACAUCGAGGCGGUCCGCGUGGCCGAGGACAAGCUGGCCGGCGGAGUGCGGGUGGCCCGCACCUUCUUCUACCCCCAGACCCAGGUGUUCGUCGUGGUCCUCAACCGCAGCCUGGAGGUGCAGAGAAGUUACAACCUUAAGAUCAUCUACAACGCCCUCAUCGAGAACGAGCUGCUGGGCUUCUUCCGCAGCUCCUACGUCCUCCACGGCGAGCGAAGGUUUCUUGGUGUUACGCAGUUUUCUCCUACUCAUGCCAGAAAAGCCUUUCCUUGCUUUGACGAGCCCAUCUACAAGGCCACAUUCAAAAUCAGCAUCAGACAUCAAGCAACUUACUUAUCUUUGUCCAACAUGCCAGUUGAAACUUCUGUUUUUGAAGAAGAUGGAUGGGUUACAGAUCACUUUUCACAGACCCCUCUCAUGUCCACCUAUUACCUGGCUUGGGCGGUGUGCAAUUUUACAUACCGGGAAACUGUCACCAAGAGUGGAGUAGUUGUACGGUUAUAUGCAAGGCCUGAUGCAAUCCGAAGAGGAUCAGGGGACUAUGCUCUAAAUAUUACAAGGAGACUCAUUGAGUUUUAUGAAGAUUAUUUUAAAGUGCCCUAUUCCCUGCCAAAAUUGGAUCUGUUGGCUGUGCCUAAGCAUCCAUAUGCUGCUAUGGAAAACUGGGGACUGAGUGUUUUCGUGGAGCAAAGGAUACUGCUAGAUCCAAGCAUUUCUUCUAUUUUAUACUUACUGGAUGUCACCAUGGUCAUUGUACAUGAGCUAUGUCAUCAGUGGUUUGGUGACCUUGUGACUCCAGUGUGGUGGGAGGAUGUGUGGUUGAAAGAAGGUUUUGCUCACUAUUUUGAGUUUAUUGGGACAGACUACCUCUACCCAGGGUGGAACAUGGAAAAGCAGAGAUUUCUGACAGAUGUCCUACAUGAAGUGAUGUUGCUUGAUGGGUUGGCCAGUUCACAUCCAGUAUCCCAGGAAGUGCAGCAAGCCUCAGACAUCGACAGGGUGUUUGACUGGAUUGCCUAUAAAAAGGGUGCAGCUCUGAUUCGAAUGUUGGCUAGCUUUAUGGGUCACUCUGUGUUUCAGAUGGGCUUACAAGACUAUUUAACUAUUCACAAGUACGGCAAUGCAGCCAGAAAUGAUCUUUGGAACACAUUGUCAAAGGCUUUAAAAAGGGUUGGAAAAUCUGUAAAUAUCCAAGAGGUAAUGGAUCAGUGGACACUACAGAUGGGUUAUCCUGUUAUCACUAUCUUGGGAAAUGAAACUACAGACAACAUCAUAGUCAUCUCCCAAGAGCGUUUUGUUUAUGAUAGUGAUACUAAACCCAAGGAUCCUGCCCGUGGGGACAACAGCUACUUGUGGCAGAUUCCAUUAACAAUUGCAGUAGGAAAUACGAGCCACAUCUCAUCAGAGGCAAUUAUAUGGGUGUCUAACAAAUCAGAACACCACAGAAUUCCUGCUUUGGAAGAGGCAAGUUGGUUGCUGGGGAAUAUCAAUCAGACUGGCUACUUUAGAGUUAAUUAUGAUAUUAGGAAUUGGAAGCUCCUAAUUAAUCAGCUAACAAGGAACCAUGAGGUUAUCUCUGUCAGUAAUCGAGCAGGCUUGAUUGAUGAUGCAUUCAAUCUAGCCAGAGCUGGUUAUUUGCCUCAGAAUAUUCCUUUGGAGAUUAUGAGGUACCUUUCAGAAGAAAAAGAUUUUCUGCCUUGGCAUGCUGCCAGCCGAGCUCUUUAUCCUCUAGAUAAAUUGCUGGACCGUACAGAAAACUACAAUAUCUUCAAUGAGUAUAUAUUAAGACAAGUGGCAUCAAUGUAUCUGAAGCUUGGAUGGCCAACAAACAAUUUAAACAAAUCACUUGUUCAAGCAUCAUACCAACAUGAAGAGUUGCGUCGGGAAGUCAUCAUGUUGGCCUGCAGCUUCGGGAACAAACACUGUCACCAGCAGGCUGCAACGUUAAUCUCGGACUGGAUUUCUAGCAAUAGGAACCGAAUCCCUCUCAAUGUGAGAGACAUUGUGUACUGUACAGGAGUUUCACUGAUGGAUGAAGAUGUAUGGGAGUUCAUUUGGAUGAAAUUUCAUUCUACCACAGCAGUGUCUGAGAAGAAAAUACUAUUAGAAGCCUUAACUUGCAGUGAUGACAGAAACUUGCUCAACAGACUUUUGAAUUUGUCUCUCAACUCUGAAGUUGUCCUGGAUCAGGAUGCAAUUGAUGUGAUAAUCCACGUAGCUCGAAAUCCACAUGGAAGGGAUCUUGCUUGGAAGUUUUUCAGAGAAAAAUGGAAAAUACUGAAUGCUAGGUAUGGAGAAGCAUUAUUUAUGAAUUCAAAGCUUGUCAGUGGGGUCACGGAAUUCCUCAAUACUGAAGGAGAACUAAGAGAGCUAAAGAACUUUAUAAAGAGUUACGAAGGGGGAGCUGCUGUCUCUUUCUCUCGUGCAGUGGAAACAGUGGAAGCCAAUGUGCGGUGGCAAAGGCUUUAUAAGGAAGAACUGUUCCAGUGGCUAAGAAAAUCCUUGACACAGUAAUCUGUCUUCUUAGCCAAUCAUUUAACCUGACUCACUGCAAGAGGAAGAGGAGACAUUUUAAAAGUGUUCAACAUGAAAAUCAUGACGACAAGAUCAGAUUGCAGGGAUAAGGUUUUUUGGUUUAUUGUUUUUUUCAUUGUGGAUUUUUCUUUUUACACUGAAAUUGUGUGAAAUUGUCAAGAAGAUUUUCAGAAGAGAAGAUCGUGAAUGCUUGUGAAACCCAGUCCCCAAUGUACACAACCAAACAUGAUAUUAGGUGGUGCAUGUAAAUGUCGGGAAAAAACCAAACAAAAAAUCUUUCAAAAACUAUUUUGUGCAUGCUUGUACUGUCUCUGCCUGUAUUUUAGCAUGCUUAUGUAUAACAGCCACAUUUUGUAUGUGAGUUCCGGUUACAUCAAAGUUGGGCAUUAUACAAAGCACAAAGACUCUAUGACAAUCACUAUUUCAAUGGACAAAAGGAAAGCAAGGAAAAGGAAAUGCAGAAGGCUUCCAGCUUGGGACGGUAUGAGAUGUAAAAUCAACUUUUCCACUUGCUGCCAGUUUGUCUACCACUCAGAUUGUCUCUUAAUGAUUACAAAGACGCCAGCUCAUUUUUUGAGUUACCAGUUGUAUCUGCAGUCUCCUUAUUCCUUUAUUUAAAUAAGCAGAAUAUUGAGAGAGGAGAAAGAGAAAAGGGCCAUGAGCAAGGUUAGAGAGAGAAAAUGAGAAAGACAUCAUCAUUACAUUAUAAUGAUAUACAUUUGUUCACUGUUCAUCAGUGAAACAGUGUAGUUUCAACUGUGAACGUGUGCUGGGGCAGGAGCUUUGCAUUGAUAUCACAGAAUCCAUGAACCACCUCUUCUCAGCUACUUUACAAGGCACUGAAACUCACAAUGGAUCACCCAGGUCACCCAGCCUGUGCAGUAGUAAGUUUUUUAGCUCAUAGUGCACAAGUAUUAUAAAUAAACAUAAGAUUCAAAUGAAAAUUUGGAAAAAGGGAGAAUAUCUUGCAUGCAAAGACUUAAAAUUACCUAAGAGGGCUGUCUUUCAUGUGGUAGACCAGUCUCUGUAGUGAUUUAUUGUGAUAGACAGGUCAGAUUCUCUAUAUGGGCAAUAUUUUGCUAAUAUGGAAUAUGCUAUUUAUGCCAUCAUUGAAAAGUGAAAUGUGGAAAAAUUGAGGGGGGUGUACAUGUGUUUAUUUGUACUGACUAAUACUAAGAACAUGGUUUUCUUUCUGUUCCCUUGUACUUCACAUAGACUAUUGUUCAUGAAUGACAUUUUUCUUAAUCAUGUUUGUUUCUUCUCAAUCCUUAAUUUGAAAGAUCAGUGACACAGUGGAAUUGUACAAUGACUAUCUGCACUCUGGAGCUAAGUGUUGAGGAUGAAACUGGUAGGGGCCAAAUAUCUCAUGUCUACACUGUGGAGGAAAAAGCUGCGAGAAUACAGUUUUCAGGAGUCAGAUUGCAGCAGCUUCAGAGGUAGAAUGUAGAUGUGGGGCAGUGUUUCUUUGUCCUGUCCCAAGUUAUCCCAAUCAUCUGACCACGUCAUGGCUGUGUACAUUGGGAACGCAUGGCCCACCAAAGCAGAGGGCAGCCAUUCCAUCUGGUUGUUGCCCUCACAAGGCAUGGAAAUGAACCAACAUGCUUUACACUUGCAAUUGCUUAUCCCCAGUAAGUUGUGAAUUGAAACAUUAGUGUGAAAAAAACCAAACCCAAACAUCUUCAGAUAUUUUCAGAGUUAUGUGGAGACAGUAUUGUAUUCUGAGCUCUCAUUUCCAAGGUAUUUUGCUCCUCAAAAAUGAGCAGACCCAUCCCAUAACAGAGCUGUUGUAUCGAUCUUGCACCUAUCAUUGUGUGCCCUUUACUUUCAGAGGCUGUUGUUUGUAGAUUGGGUGCAUGAAAUCCUUGUGUGGGCAUUUGUUCAGCUGUUCAGUGCUGUGUAGCACAUUAGCUUGACUCACAUAUAACCAAAAGAAGAGGGAAUCCUGUGCUCUUGUACUGUUAACUCUUUGCCUUAUAGUAGUAAGCCCUAAACGUUUGUGCUGUGUUGCAGUGCUAGUGAACCUGCUGCACAGAGACAUUAUCAUGUCAAAGCUGAGUGAAAUCCUCCUUCUCCUUUGUAUUUUACCUACCUCACAGGGGUGUUGUGAGGCUUGACUAAUGUUAGCAAAGCACUUGAAUAUCUUCUUAUGAAAGGCAUUUAAAAGUGAAAAGUAUUAUUUUAUGCGGUUGACCAAACUCGACCUUAAUGCCAGUAUGUAGCAUCACAUUUUUAAUUUCUAAUGAGAAAAAUCGCAUGCAGAUUUUUUUUAAUAAUUACAAACGCAAGCCAAAUACUAUUUAAUAUAACCUCUACCCUGUAAUGAAGGCCAAAAUUGUGAUAUCCAAAGAGUGUGUGGAAAGCCGAGCCCUCAAAUAUGAAUUGCUUGGAGGAUUUCAGAGAACAGAAGAGUGUGAAAUGGUCUGUACCUUUACAAUUUUAGUCAGUAUUGUCUUUGAUGUCUUUUCUUUUCCAGAACCAUAGAUUGAACCACAUACCUUGCAAGUUGCACAUAAAAGUUUCUGGUCUUCCCACUGAUAACAGUAUAUUCCAAAGUCAAAAGUUCAUUACAGCCUGUGUGUUCUUUACAGUGCACAGAAAUUCCCACUCUUGCUCAUUUGGAUUUAAGUUCUUGCACAUUUAGCUGGUGUUGGAUGUAAAUUGAUAUUUUAGUGGCCUUGAGCAACUGGUCUACCACAGAUAUCAAGUCCUAAGUGUAUACAUUAUACAUACCUGUUGAUGUGUUGCUUAUAAUGGUUGUAUUCUUAUAAUGUUAGUAUUAUUGCUCUAAGGUUGAACUGGCCUUUCCAUUAUAAUUCUCUAUUAUUUUAUUUUUUAUGUUUUGUAUUUUGCUGUUUCACCCUGAAUCAGGAUUAAAUUUAAAUGGAUUAAAUCUAAAAAAUCCUAUAACUGUUUUCUGCAAUAUUCAAACAUCCUGCAUUUUAUUACAUGUCUUUAGAGACCUUUUUUUAAGUAGUUUCACACAGCUGUGUGUUAAAAAAUAGUUGAUUCCUCAUGGAAAGUUCUAAUACAACCUGCUUAGAAAAAUCUAUGUAUCAUACUGAUUUUCUUUCUCUUUUAUCAGUCCUUUUCUUCUCUUGUCCAUGUCUAAAGGUGGUCCUCAUUUUUAUGAUUUGGAUUGUGAUUAGGAUGCCAAAUUCUCCAUACUUUUCAGCAUUUUCUAAUCCAGUGUUUAACUUUGUCCUUUCUAGUGAGAGGAGAUUGUGCAAAAUGUGAAUGCUGUGUGGACAUGGACACUGGUGUUGUUUUAUAGAGAUCUGAUGAGAGUAGAAUCUCUAAUCAGCCUUUGUAUGACUCAGGAUCCUUUGUAGUUAUUAAUUGAUAUGGUUUUUCCUAAAUCAUAUAGGAAGACACAUGAAUAGACAUGAUUCUAUGCCAGCAUAACAAAAUAGCUAUUGUAUUUUUAUAAAAUUGUCCACUACAAGUAUCAGCCUAUUACUUUGUAGCUGGUAGAAUUAUUCAUGUAUCCACUGCUAAUAGCUGUUAAAAUGGUAGUUGCUACUAAUUGUGACAAGGGCAGAACACUGUGAACACAUUCUUCUGAAAUGACAUGUCAUUUCUGCUAUUACUGGGAGUACUUGGACAUUAAUUAUGAUAAAAAAAUACUUCAUGUGUUCUCAAGUGCAUCUAAAUUUGUGACCUUUGAUUAUCUUUUCAGUGAAUAUAGCAAGAAUUCUGAUACUACGUUGGAAACUGAAGGUGAAUUUUGUGUCAUUUUUGGUGUGUUGUACUUAUUCUACUGAUCUUUAGAGUGCCAAAGGAAAUAUGCCGUGAUGCAGAAGGGUGCUUUUACAGCAAAGAUCCUGAACCAUACAAUUAAGUCUUUAGUAGUAAGUAAUAAAAAAUGAAAAGUGUGUGUGUGGUGUGUGGGUGUGUGUGUCUGUGAUUGUGUAUGUAAAAUCCUCCAUAGAGAUACUUUUCCCAUAAAAAUCUAAUUUGGAUAGAAUAAAGCAAAGCUAAUAUUUGCAGGAGAGGGUGCCUUUAUUUAGAUACUUGCAUAAUAAGGUUUUGGUUUUCCACAUGAUCAUAAAUGAUAGUGAAAAUAGACUGUGAGGAAAAUGUGAAACUUUCUCUUUGAGGCAAAUGGAUGUGGGUUUGAAAACUGCUAAUGUAUAUAAUCAGCUUAUACUCACUCUUGCUAUGAGUACUUAGCAUAUCAGGCUGCCUGCCCUAAGCAGGAUAUAUAGCCACAGUGUCAGUAUGGGCAUGAAGGAGUAAAAGGACCAUCCAGCUGUGGAGCAGCCUGAAGAGUCUGUUUGCUCUAUGGGUGGAGCAGUCAGACAACUGCUGGCUGUAUCACCUGCCACUGCUGCCAGACCACCUGGGUUAGGAAAGCAGCUGGGAACUGCUGAAAUGCAGAAAGGCUCCGUCCAAUUUUUUUUCAGCUGUAUGGAACAGACAGAAGGUCCCUUGGCUGAGUAUGGGUUGUGGAUAAUCUUCAGAGAUGAAUGCCAUUGCCUUGUGCUAGCAGAAAGCAAAGGUCCAGCUAAUGAGCCUGCACUGCUCAGAAAAAACAUAAGCCCUGAGCUCUGGCCGCCCCAGCUGAAAAGUGCUGACCAAAAUGUUUGUAAAGGUCUAGAAUAUUAUAGUGUCCCUUCUUCAGUAGUAUUUUCAAACAGCCAAAUAUUUCAUUUUCAAGUGUGAAUAGGAACACAGACACUCUUUUCCUUUAUGAUGUUUUUGUUAAUAUUUGAAAGUGUACCAGGAAUUUCUUGGAUUUUUUUUCUAACAGGUGGGCUGGAAGGAUGUACUACAAAUUAUCUGUGGUAACAAUUCUAGUAAUAAAGUAACUGUAUUCAUAUAGUAAAAAAACUCCAAAAAGCAAGCAAAACAAACAAAAAAAAACCACCAGUCAGAUGCCUGCAUAAACCUGUAUGGCACCAGUGACUGUGCAGAACCCCUUUCACAAUGUAAAAAAUUGGCCACUUUGUUUCUCAUACGAUUCUGCCAGUCUUAAUACUAGUUCUGAAACUCAGUGAAACCACUCUGACUUGAGCAAGUAGUCCAUGCUGACAUGAGUAAUUUUGUUUUCAGUGGGCAGGAAGAGAAGAAAGGAUUUUGCACCAAAGUAAGGCCACAUGAUCUCAUUGGGCAGAAUUUUAAAAUCAAGUAUAUUUUGAAGAAUCUAGUUAGCUCUGUCCUGUGUGCGUGCUGACAGUGGUGGGGGAUUCUGAGCUUGAUCUCAGAAUAUGGUAACACAGUUGAGGCUGGAAUUUGAAAGACAUAUGGAGCCAGUUUCAUUGAGAUGUAUUUAAGGAGAAUCACCUACAUGAGAAGUGCUGUGAAUCAGACCAAAUGUAAUUUCUCAGAAGAAAAGGCAUUUAUAUUUGACUGAUUUGUAAUUAGUGAAGUAAAUGUGACCUUGCCAAAAAGAAUUUCAGAAUGCUUUGCUUAUUUCAUGUGUACCAUUUCCUAAGAGCAUCAAAGCAGUGCUGGUAGAGAACACAGGUGAGCAGCUUUGUGAGAGUAGAGGGGCUGUACUGCAGCAGGCAGUCAUGAGCCAGGAGGCUCUUGCCAGAGUGUCCCAGUGUUUUCUGGACAGCGUCACUUGGAUUUGCUUGAUCAGGAUAGCCAUGGUACAAUGGACCAGGCCAGGAGCCAAGAUGCAGUCUCAGUUCUUUGUGAUACAUUUCACUUCACUUAAUAUGUUGGUUUCUGUAAUUUCAAAAUAAUCUCCAGCCAGACUGGUGGAGCGUGUGUGGCCGCAGAGCCUCUGUUGGUGCCCAGUGAGGUAGAUCCGUUGAAGUGACUGAUGUGAAUUCCAGCUGAGGAUCUUCCCCAUUGCUCCCAAAACAGCCUUGGAGGUGGUACCUCGGCUGCUGUACAGGAUGUUUCGUGUAUUUGUGUCUAGGUUUCAGUAGCACAUAUUGGAUGACAAAUGUUUUUCAUUUUCCUUUGUCUUUUCAUUAGAGUAAUACUUUGUGAUUAGCUCCAAUAUGAUAAAGCUUUAUGAUAUUUUUGGAGAACUGUAGAACUCUGUACUGUGAAGAGUGUGGCUACUACCCUCUCUUUUUCCUGCAAGCAGUAGAUUUCAGCAGAGAUGGACUUUCCUGGACUUAGACACUCAGUGAAGAAAAAACAAACUCUUACCAUUUCUAAUGAAAAAAUCAUUGUAAUUACUGUAUAACUACCCUGUAUAAAGACAGCCUUAUUAUAUGUGUAAAUGUAAUUUUGCUAUGUUGUUGUUCUGUUUGAGAGACAAUAGGCUUUGGUGUGGGUGAAACAUACAGCCUUAUAAAAACAGAGAUUGUAUCUCCCCGUCUGAUGUUUUACUGAAAGGUGUUCAGUUGCUGUAUUUUUGCAGAAGAUGAAUAUAAACUAGUUCUCUGAAAACUAGCUACACACACAUCAAUGACAUAAAUGAAUCAUAUUCUUGAAAAGAAAGGAUGAUGAUAAAUUUCAUUAUUUUUCCAAAAGACUCCACGUGUAAGAUCUUUUGACACCUUAAGAAGAAAAAAGUCAUCCUGCAGCUGUUAAUGCUGGUUAUAAUGGAUGAGUCCCUCUGUUAAUUCUUUCUCAACUUUAGAUUAAUUCUGAAUAAUGUAAUUAGAAGAACAUAUUUUCCCAUCAGUUCUCAAAUCUAUACACUUUGGAGUUCAGGUUUUUGUCAUGUAAGAGAUGUCAUGUAAACUGACUCUGUUUAGAUACAGUUCACCAGUGUUUUCAUAUAAAUGUCUGUUUGCCAGAUCAGAAUGCCAUUUUCAUAUAGAGAAAAUACAGAUGAUUGCAUAAUACCACAUUUCUCUUUCUAUGUACCAUGUGUACAUGCAUGUUUUAGUUCUGGACAUUUUGCUCUGAAAAAUUAUUCAUUGGUUAUUUGUAUUUAUAGAUCUUCCUCAAACCAUUUCAACUCAACAAAACAGUUGGAUGUAAGGCAGGAUGUGAGGCUGUGUUGACCAAGAUUCCACCAUAUAUAUAUAAAUCUGUAGGCAGUCCCACUGAUGUCUGGGGGAUUAAUCAUGCACUUCAAAUUAAUGUAUAUUCACUGUAAGCUCCUGCAUAUGACUGAACUAGUAUUUCUGGAAUGUGAUUUAGGUUGAAACCUGUUUCUGCACAAGUUUCAGGUGCAGUAUAUGGUGAUAUGUUUUUGCUGAAUUUAAAAUCACAGCUUUAUAUUGAGCCGACUACUCUGUCUCAUUUUUCUUUUUUCACAGAAAAAGAUAUGUUUUGCAUAUAGAAGGGAGAUGUUUACUGAUUCUCAGUAUAUCUAAAAUGCCACACUGAACAAAGUUUUUCAUUUACUGGAGCCUUCUAUACUUUUUGAAUAAAAGCAGAAUUAUUACAAUGCUAAUUAGUGAAUAUAGAACUAAUGAGAAAUUGAAACCAUUAGCCAAAUAAAAUAUAUUAAUUUCUGAGAACAGUGGUUUUUGUUACAUGCCUUUAACAAUGAUUACAUAAAUAUGGGACCGCUGUGUGUUCAACAUAGACUUUUUAUUCCUCUCUAAGGACUGACUAAAUGGAAUUUCUUUUUAAGAGAAACUUGAUCUUCUGUAUUUUAAGCAAAACAAAUUUGAAUUUUGUCUCUGAUAAUAAAAUUUUGUAUAGUAAUGUGUACUUCA